CCUUACUCUCAUCACACAGCUGCACUUGCAGUGAAGUAGCUAGUUUAAAGCAAGUAAAGAUGGCUACUAAGCAUUUGGUGUUGCUAAUCCUUGUCCUCCUUAGCAUAGGAAUGACCACUGGCGCUAGAACUCUCUUGGGUUAUGGCAUUGGUGGCGAGGGUGGUGGUGGUGGAGGAGGCGGUGGUAGCGGAGGAGGAGGUGGUUAUGGUGGAUCAGGGUAUGGCUUUGGAUCUGGGUACGGUGAGGGAGGAGGAGGUGGUGCCGGUGGGUAUGGCCAUGGUGGAGGUGGAGGAGGUGGCGGUGAUGAAGGUGGCGGUUCUGGCUCUGGAUAUGGGUUUGGACAAGGUUCAGGAUCUGGAUAUGGCUCUGGUGCAUUUGGUGCCGGUGGUUAUGGAAGUGGUGGAGGUGGCGGCGGCGGUGGUGGUCAAGGUGGCGGUGCGGGAUCCAGGUAUGGCUCAGGUGAGGGUUAUGGCUCUGGAUACGGAUCAGGUGCAGGUGGUGUUAGUGGUGGUGGAGGUGGAUAUGGCAGCGGUGGGGGUGGUGGCGAAGGUGGUGGGUAUGGCAGUGGCUCAGGCUAUGGCUCGGGUAGCGGCUAUGGCCAAGGUGGCAGUGGUGGCGGCGGCGGUGGUGGUGAAGGUGGAGGUUCUGGAUAUGGCUCUGGGUCUGGUUAUGGCUAUGGAUCUGGUGGAGGUGGUGGGCACUACUAAUUUUGUACUCUGAGAUAGGGGCAAUUUGACCAUGGUACUUGUGAACUUAUAUAUGAUUGUGUAACAUUGGUAUAUACAUAAGCUUGUUUUGGAUUGUGUGUAA